AUGCCUGGCGCACGCCCAAGAUCAGUCAUCUCUGGGGGCCGCACGACGAUCCAGGCACAUGGGGCGGACCUCAACCGAAGUGUGCGAGUCCGAGCAAUCCGUCCUCAUGAUCUGCCCCGCGAGGCCCGAGGGAGCCGGAUAACCAAGGCGCUCUACCAGGACUGCAUAACGGUCGUGCGCGCCAUCGCAACCGCUCUCGACCGACCUCGCCUCGCCGGCGUCCCUACAGCGGUGAACGUCGAGACAGAGCUGGUCGGACGGGCGGGCCGUUUCUUCGGGAAAGGCGGCAAGAUUGAACGCGCGAUGGACUACGUCCUGCAUGCCGCGAUGGAGCAAUCCUCUCGCGGCGACGGUACGUGGGAUGACAUACAGAGGGAGACGGCGGCGGCGAAGGACCCCGAUAUCGUUGCGUACGCUGCGAUACCGACUCGCGACAACGACCUGGCUUUUGCUGACGUAGCGGAGAGAUUGGCCCUCGGCGUCGUCGGCAGGAGUCGAAAAUCGGAGGGUUUAGAUGGCGAGCUGGACGACGUCCUCGGUGAUGAUGUGAUGGAGCAGCCCGACAACGAAGACAGUGACUAUGUGGAUAUCAAAGCCGGAGGAUCGGAGGAUUGGUGA